AUGGGAGUUCCAAAGUUUUUUCGGUGGUGUGCAGAACGGUAUCCUUGUAUCAUCACAACAUUUAAGGAAUGCCCAUCAUCGGUUGAUAAUUUUUAUAUAGAUUUCAACGGAAUAAUACACAACUGCACGCAUUCUAAUGAUAUAGACCCCAUGCUCAAAGCUCCCAGCGAGAAGAAGAUGAUGCAACUUAUGUUUGUUUAUUUAGAGAGGUUGUUUAUCGCUGUUCAGCCACGUAAGUAUUUUUUUCUGUCUGUGGAUGGUGUGGCACCGCGCGCCAAGAUGAAUCAGCAGCGCCAGCGUCGUUAUCGUUCUGCCUAUGAGUCCGCUCUUGCGCGUCAAGAGGCAAUUGACGAAGGUCAAGAUGUUCCUAACGAGAAGGACAUCUUCGAUACCAACUGCAUUACCCCUGGUACCCCUUUUAUGGUGCGUGCUAGCGAGGCGCUUCGUUUUUUUAUCACAACAAAACUUUCGACUGAUCCUGCGUGGCAAACCUGUAAGGUGAUCUUUAGUGGCCAUGAAGCACCUGGGGAAGGUGAGCACAAAAUUCUAGAUUUUAUCCGAAGAAAAAAGAUGCAGCCGGGGUAUAACCCAAACGAGACCCAUUACAUCUACGGACUAGAUGCUGAUUUGGUUAUGCUUGCUUUGUUGACUCACGAACCACAUUUCGUGUUGCUGCGUGAAGUAGUAGAAUUUGGCGGGAAAUCUCGUCGAGAAAGGGAACGAGAGGAGCAAGAUGCAGCUAAAGGUAUUUGUUUGGAUAAGUCCUACAAUAAGGAAGAUGAAUUUGUACUGCUGCAUAUUAAUGUGCUUCGUGACUAUUUACAGAUGGACAUCAACAUAAAAAUGAGUCCUUUUGCCAAAUACACGUUUGAUUUUGAGAGAGUAGUUGAUGAUUUUGUUUUCAUGCUUUUUUUUGUUGGCAAUGAUUUCUUGCCUGGGAUCCCUACCGUUUCCAUUCAUAGCCAGGGUGUGUCGAAGUUACUGGACCUUUAUGCUGAACACAUUCUCGCAAAAAAACUUUUCCUGAUUGAUAAUGGUUCCAUUAAUUGGCAUGCUGUUGGGAUUCUUUUUUCUAUGAUCGGAAAGUUAGAGUUCGAAACCAUCAAGGAGCGACAGAAUGAAGAGGCCGAGUAUCAUUCUAACCGUAGUCGAAGAGACCCUUCGUACGAGGUGCCUACUGGUGAUACUGUAUUUACAUCCAUUGAUGAGUAUAAGGUUUCAUUUUAUGAAAAGAAACACAAAAUUUUCGAUGAAAAGGGAAUGGAAAUCCUCAAACAGCACUAUGUUGAGGGUUUGUCCUGGGUUUUUUCCUAUUAUUACCAGGGCGUGCCCUCGUGGGGAUGGUAUUAUCCACACUACUAUGCACCAAUGGCUAGUGAUCUUUUCAACUUGUCAGCAAUUGGGUCCAAAGUGUCGUUUGAACUUGGGAAGCCUUUCCUGCCUCACCAGCAGCUGCUUGCAGUGUUGCCACCUAUGUCCUACCGGUGUAUUCCCAAAGCAUACUGGCCGCUAUUGAAGAGCAGCUCGAGUCCACUGGCCAGUUUUUACCCAGAACAUAUCAUUAUUGAUCGUGAAGGCACACGCGCUGAGUGGGAAGGUAUUGUUUUAAUUCCUUUUAUUGAUGAGAGCAUUCUCUUGAGGGCCUAUGAGUCUGUUCAGAUCCAUGUGGAUAAGGAAGACGCCUCUAAUAACAAGCUUGGCCCUUCUUUAUGCUUCUCUUUUGACACCACUAUCAUACCCUAUGAAUUAAAAAAUGAGAUGUUUGGCCCAUUGUGUAGUGUCUAUGUGAAAAAAGAAGUGUUCGAGUUUCCCCCUUGCAAACGCUUUGUACCAGCUCUGUGCAAAGGUGUGUAUAUCGGUGACAAAGAGUUGGAGGGCUUCCCGUCUUUACAGUCAAAGUCUAAGUUUAUCACGCCCAUUUACGAAUCUAGUGUGGUCGACAUUUUUGGAAGACCUUCGAAAGAAGAGAGCUUGAUUUUGAAUUUAACAUGCUUCAGUAGCUUCAAUACAGCUGCGGAGGCCGCUACGCUCAUCGGAAAAGAGGUACUUGUGGGGUUUCCUCACUACAAGCGAGCACGCAUAGCUUCGUUGAGCGAUGCACGUGUCACUCUAACGGCGGUAUACAACCGAGACAACAGCUUUAGUGUGAACGAGAAGCGAAAGAAUCGUGACGAAUCGUUACUGUUUUCCAAGGAAACAGAGGUACAUCGAAAAUACAUGAAAUUAAAGCUGGGUAUUGGUAUAGAGGACAUUCCAAUAUUGGUCUAUGUAAAUCGUUUCUUCGGUAUGCGUAUCUCAAAUAAGGGAUCUUUGGCGCGGCAAUUUUCCUCGAGCGAGAUAUGCUACCCUCUGCCAUUAAUAUGUCUACUUAGUGACAUUGAGAUGAUUGAGGAUGGGCGUUAUAUGGAGCGUGAGCGCACCGAUGAAGAUAGUGCACAAGGGGCCAGUUGUGUUUACAUUGGACUUGAGCCGAAAGGCAAGGGUAUCUCACCAGUCUUUGGCACCUGUGGCCAGAUUCUUUCCACUGAGUCUAACUCCAGCACAGCCACAGUGUCAUUAAAGAUACAUCAGAAUCCAGUCAAGCUUCCUCUAACUCUUUCCGAAUUUGCUUCGUCUCAAAAUUGGGUUUCUUUUAACUCUGCGGCGGACGAACUCGGUAUCAACUCCCGUACUCUCUCAUCAAUUUGCAGCACUGUUGUGACUAUCCCACAGUUUGGCUCCCGCGAACUUGGCUUGUGCAUCAAAUUCUCGGGUCGUUCCUUGGCACGUGUGGGGUACGCCAAGAUAGUCCAGCGCAAUGCGAAGCCGUGGCAUGUGUCGAAUAUUGACAUUUUUUCCCGCAUAGAGCAGGACGAAAAUGCGGGUCACCACCUUGAAAAGGUAGAAAAGGGCGAAUAUGUUGGCAAAAAUACCGGUAGUGGUUACGGUACGUGGUAUCUCUCCAAAAUCGCUAUGGCGCUCUUGAGCGAUUACAUUAGUCGCUUUUUCCCGUUAGUCGACCUUCUAGACAAAGGCAUAAAUGGCUAUCAUGUUGAUCCACCGCAGUUUAUGACGGGAAAAUGGAAAGAAUGCGAUGCCGAUGAGAUUUUAGAAGAAAUCACAGCUUUUCUGGACAACUCCGGAAUCCAAAAGGUUCCCAUGGUCAUUCCUACAGAGGAUGCCUUUCCCCCGUUUAUGUUAAAUGAACUUGAGACAACCCUUGACAAUCAUGAGAAUCAACAAACAAAAACCCUUACCUUGCGACAUGUACCGAAGAAUUAUUUGUAUUUACCCCUAACACGAAGUCUUAAUGGCUAUUUGAUUCCUAUUCCAUUGCCCCGGGAACAAACCUUCCGCUUAGGGGCACGUGUGGUGAAUUGCCGUAUUUCCGGCAUGGUUCCGUUUGGUGCUCAAGGCACAAUUGUGCGCCUACUUGCCAGUGGGCGCGAUGCUGAGGUAGUUUACGACAUUCCUUUCACUGCUGGCAGCCGCUUUGACGGACGUCUUCAUGAUUACCGUGGUGGUAUCACAAAACUCUCAGCGCUUCUUGUCCUGAAGAAUGCUGGUGAGGACAGCUCGCACUCGGGUACUUCCUUUUCCGCAACAAAGAGCGUUUCACAGACUCCGCACAAUGGUGUUUCCAAGGCCAACAUAAAUGAAAGCAAAGUGGAUCCACCCACAGAUUCGCUUCUUCUGCCAAAGCCUCGUAGUGCAAUUACAACGGCUUCUGUAGCAACUAGCACGAAACCCGAGACCAUCCGUGCUUCCAAUUUGUCCCCCGGGACAAUCAAGGUAACCCCACAGGAUCCUACAAGUCUUGCCAGCAAUACCGUUAGCCUUACUUCGUCCAGCCCAACCGGCGGCAUUAAGCUUACUGAGUUAGUCAGUUGUUUGCCUACGUUAUCUUCUCCAUCUUGCAAUAUCACAUCCGCUGGUGCCGGUACAGCCGAUAUUACAAAGCCAUUUACUCUUCCCUUCCCAAAAUUCACACAGCAACAAACAUUAAAGGAAAAUGGGCAGCUUAAGCAAAACCAGGAUCAAGCAAGCUCAUUGGGAAAUAAAAAUCCUGGGAAUGUUCAAAAAACAAUUUCGGAUGGAGCAAUAACAAAAAAGCUUGUUCAACAGAAGACAAUACCGGAUGAAUUUAUCUCAGGAAAAAUACGUGUCACAUCUAAAGAAUCUGGGUCCGUCUUUAGAGAAUGGCUAUGCUCAUUCUUGGAUAAUGAGCUGAAGAAUACGUAG